AUGCCACGAAUCGUCUACGUCGUCGCGGCGCUCACCACAACAGCACACGCGCUCCGCCAGACGAACGCCGCGCGCCUGACGUUAUUUGGCGACGGCUGCGGCUUCCGAGCCGCCAGACUCGACGCCGCGAUCCGUGAACACCCGGCCGUCGUCGCCGCGGCACGGCGCGGCCGCCUUGGCCCUAUCCUUCGCUUCAUACGCGAGGUCUUCGGCGUCGAGGACGCGACCGAUCUCAUCGAAGCGACGCCGCAGCUCGCGUCGACGCCGCUGGCCGUGCUGGCGGCGCGCCACGCAUAUUUGCGCCGCGUCGGCGCACCGCACGGCGCGCAGCUCGCGACGCCGGGGCUCCGCCCGCCGCUCCUCGGCGACCUCUGCGCCACGCCCGCGACCCACGACGACUUCGCCGAGGCCUGCGGCGGCGACGCGGGUGACGUGGCGGCGCUCGUGGCGGCCUUCCGGCGCGGCGGCCGGCGCGCGGCCGCGGACGGCGACGCGCGCUUAGUACGAGACCUAUUAGCCCACGGCUGGGCGCCGGCGCAAGACAGGGACCGCCGCGGCGCGUCGGCCGCGCACGUCGCCGCCGGGCGCGGCGCCGUCGACGUUCUCUCGGCUUUGAUAGCGAGCGACGCGGCGCUGGCGCGCGACCGCGAUGCGGCGGGCGCGACGUCGCUCCACUGGGCGGCCUGCGGCGUCCGUGGGAACGCCGCGGGCACGGGCUUCGAGGAAGGCGCGGCCGAGCUGCUCCUUUCGGCCGGCGCCGACGCGUGCGCGACGACUCACGACGGCAACGCCGUCAUCCACUGGGCGGCGUGGCAGGGGGGCGUCUCGGCCGUGCGGACGCUGCUCGCGGCCGGCGCGGACGCGCACGUCGCCAACGACCGCGGGUGCACCUGCGCGCACUGGGCGGCGGCCGGCGGAGACACCGCGACUCUAGCGUACUUGCGCGAUGUCUGCCGCGUGGAUCUCCGAGCGCCAAAUGCGGCGGGGCACACCCCCCUCGAGCACGCGUGCGCCUACAAACGCACCGACAUCGUUUCGUGGCUCGUCUCCGAGGAGGUCGUCGACCCGCGGGCCGUCGAGUACGCGCUCCGCGUCGCGGCGCUCGACGCCGACGACGCGAACCUGAACGCGAUCGCGGGGAUGCUUGUGCCGAAUAUCUAAUGAUGUUGUUG